ACAUCAUGAAUGCAGCAGUAGCCCGGCAGACAGGACAACAUGGCUGCUGCUGCGGGCCGUUACUACGGAGAAGGUGGCAGAGCGACGAAAAGACAGAAAACUGAGGACGGAGGAAUGACAACGGAGAGUUACGAUGACCCUCAUAAGCCGCUGCCCUCCCCGGUGGUGCACAUCAGGGGCUUGGUGGACGGUAUAAUGGAGGCUGACCUGGUGGAGGCCCUGCAGGAGUUUGGGGCCAUCAGUUAUGUGGUUAUGAUGCCCAAGAAACGCCAGGCCCUGGUGGAGUUUGAGGACAUGAAUGGAUCCUGCAAUGCUGUCACGUAUGCUGCAGAGAACCAGGUGUACAUUGCAGGCCACCCUGCCUUCAUCAAUUACUCCACCAGCCAAAAGAUCUCCCGGCCAGGAGACUCAGACGACACCCGGAGCGUCAACAAUGUGCUGCUGCUCACGAUCAUAAACCCCAUCUAUCCAAUCACCACGGAUGUGCUCUACACCAUUUGUAACAACUGUGGUCCUGUACAGAGGAUUGUCAUCUUCAGAAAGAAUGGUGUUCAGGCCAUGGUUGAAUUUGAUUCGGUCCAAAGUGCCCAGAGGGCUAAAGCCUCUCUGAAUGGGGCAGACAUCUAUUCUGGCUGUUGCACUUUAAAGAUCGAAUAUGCCAAGCCAGCACGCCUUAAUGUCUUCAAGAACGACCAAGACACGUGGGACUACACAAACCCUAACCUGAGUGGCCAAGAUGCUGAUGGUGAAGGCAAUUGGAACAAUUCACAAGAUCCCAAUGCCAAUUCCAACAAACGCCAGAGGCAGCCUGCUCUUCUUGGAGACCACCCACCUGAUUAUGGUGGCCCCCAAGGAGGUUAUCAUGGCUACAAUGACGACAGCUACGGUCCCCCUCCUCCCCACCGCAUGGGACCAGGGAUGGGUGGGCGUGGUCGGGGUAGCCAGCGCUAUGGCCCUGGAUAUGGACCACCACCACCCGAGUAUGGUCCUCACGCUGACUCCCCAGUUCUUAUGGUAUAUGGCCUUGAGCCCUCCAAGAUCAAUGCUGACAAGGUCUUCAACAUAUUCUGCCUCUAUGGCAAUGUAGAGAGGGUUAAGUUCAUGAAAAGUAAGCCAGGGGCAGCAAUGGUGGAGAUGGGGGACUGCUACUCUGUGGACAGGGCCAUCACUCACCUCAACAAUAACUUCCUUUUUGGACAGAAACUCAAUGUUUGUGUGUCCAAGCAGCAAGCUAUUGUGCCAGGACAGUGUUACCAGUUAGAGGACAACACAAGCAGCUUCAAAGAUUUCCAUGGAUCCCGCAACAACCGCUUCACCUCACCAGAGCAGGCAGCCAAAAACCGAAUCCAGCACCCCAGCAACGUCCUCCACUUCUUUAACGCACAGCCUGACAUAUCCGCAGAGAUCUUCAACCAGGUCUGUCAUGAACUUGGAAUUAAGAGCCCAACAAGUGUGAAACUUUUCACUGGAAAGAGUGAGCGAAGUUCAUCUGGCCUGCUGGAGUGGGAAUCCAUCAAUGAUGCCAUGGAAGCCCUAGCUAUGAUGAACCAUUACCAGAUGAAAAACCCUAGUGGGCCUUACCCUUACACACUGAAGCUGUGUUUCUCAACCACACACCAUGCCAACUAAAUAUUCUCCCUUCAAGCUAUUUGUAAUGUUUUAUGUCUUUGCAUAGUGUACCGCAGUUCUUUUGUCAAGUCCCAUUAAACAUUCAGUCAGUGCUGACAGAAACUAGGAUUGAUGUGCUUGAGAACGUGUUACUUUAACUAUGGUUUUGUAUGAUUUAUUUUACUUUUACCAUGUUUUUCAAUCAAUUGUUUUUGUAUGUUCACAACAGUAGAUAUGAAUAAUACCCCACUAACCUGAAAUAACAUUUAAAUGUGUACCUGUUUUUGGUUUUUAAAUAAAGUGAGCAGUAACCAUUAUGUGAAUACUGAAUUAAACAGUGUUCACAUCCUCAUA